UGCACGGCGCCGCUCCGGCCCUUCGUCCGCUAGGAGGGCGCGCGCGGGGCAGCCGGGCGCAGAAUUGCAGAGCUCCUCCGAGGAACGGUGCCGGGGGAAAGUGAGGGGUGCGUCGGCGGAGUUUGGGGAAGUGGGUUCCUUGGCGUCUGCGUUAGCCAGCGUGGCACAGCGGCGCCGGAGGGAUCGGCUGAGCUGCCUGGAAGGAGGGUACCAGCAGACCCAGACUAUGGCAACUGCUCACCCAACAAAAGUGGAUGCCCCUGAUUACGUUCUUUACGCUGUAGGCUCUUGUGUUCUGGUCAUUGGUUGUAUUGGAAUUAUAGGGAAUCUCCUUGUUCUCUAUGCAUUUUACAGCAACAAGAGACUGAGGACACCUCCAAAUUAUUUCAUCAUGAAUUUAGCCGUGAGUGAUUUUCUGAUGUGUGCAACUCAAGCUCCAGUCUGCUUUUUCAACAGUAUACAUAAGGAGUGGGUACUUGGAGACACAGGUUGUAACUUCUAUGCUUUUUGUGGAGCACUCUUUGGAAUAACCUCAAUGAUGACCUUGUUAGCUAUUUCAGUUGAUCGCUACUGUGUGAUUACUAAGCCUCUGCAGUCCAUAAAAAGGAGUUCAAAGAAACGCUCAUGUCUAAUCAUUAUGUUUGUCUGGCUUUACUCACUGGGUUGGAGUGUGUGUCCAUUAUUUGGGUGGAGUUCCUAUAUCCCAGAAGGUCUGAUGAUAUCUUGUACUUGGGACUAUGUAACCUAUUCUCCAGCAAACAGAAGUUACACCAUGUUGCUAUGUUGCUGUGUGUUCUUCAUUCCACUGAUAAUAAUCUUCCACUGCUAUUUAUGCAUGUUUCUAGCCAUAAGAAAUACUGGCAGGAAUGUUCAGAAAUUAGGAUCCAGCUAUAAACGGAAACAUUCAGCCUCACAGAACAUAAAAAGUGAAUGGAAACUGGCAAAAAUUGCCUUUGUAGCCAUUGUGGUUUAUGUUGUAUCCUGGUCUCCAUAUGCUUGUGUUACCUUGAUUGCCUGGGCUGGCUAUGCCAGGAUCUUAACUCCAUAUUCUAAAUCUGUGCCUGCUAUUAUUGCCAAAGCUUCUGCAAUUUACAAUCCUAUAAUUUACGCUAUCAUUCACCCAAGUUACAGAAAAACCAUUCGAAGAGCUGUUCCUUGUUUGAGAUUUCUCAUACGAAUAUCAACAAGUGAACUUUCCACAAGUACUGCAAAUGAGUCUUCAUUCAAGACGUCUAUAUCUAGACGUAUCUCUUUCGUUUCCAGAAGCAAAAGCAGUGGCAUUUCUUCCAUUUCUGCUGCAGGAAAAACUUGGAACAAUGUAGAGCUUGAUCCUGUGGAGUCAGUCCAUACAAAACUGCAGCCACCUCAAAGUAACUCUUUUUCAACAAAUGCAGAAGAAAAAAGUGAACUGCCUAUGAAGGCCCCGGGCUGUGAUGUACCAACUGAAGAAAAGUUUCCACUAUCUUCCAUCUGUCUAGAAGAACCACCUGAGAGAGCCCUUAAACAAAAGGCUCCAGAACUGCUCCUCUUAAGCAGCUCUUUGAGAACAUCGUCUAUUCCAUUUGACUUGAAUACUAGCAGCAGAGGGAAGAGAAUUGACACUUCUCAAGCAGAAAUCCAUGAAGACCAAAUAAAUAGUAGCCAGGGUUCCUUGGGAAGUCCCACUCUUCCACACAUCAUUAUCAUUCCUACCUCAGAAACCACUCUGUCUGAAGAACAAGCUGAGCCAGAAAAUAGAAAGGAAGAAAACACUGAUUUAUUCUUUGCUCAAGAGAAGAACCACCUGUUAGUCAAAGGAAGGCUUCACCCCUCUACUCACAGUUGA